CGACCCUGACCCUGACCCGAACCCGAGCUGACCCGACAUAAACCUAUUCAUGUGCAGAACAGACAAUUAGUUCAAUCUAGUUCCAUCCCAGGACACAGGAGUCACAAAACAUUCAGAACAGUAGCCACAGAGAGAGAGAGCGAGAGAGAGAGAGAGGGACGGAGAGAAUGCCGGUGAUGGAGAAGCUGAGGAUGUUCGUGGCGCAGGAGCCCGUCGUUGCGGCUUCCUGCCUUAUCGCUGGUUUCGGCCUUUUCCUUCCAGCUGUGGUGAGGCCUAUACUGGACUCAUUGGAAACAUCCAAACAAGUUCCACAGCCUGCAUUAAGUGAGGUGGUUGCUGGGAUGACUGGUAAAAAGCAGGGUUAGUGUGGACCAAAUGAUGCUGGGAUGAUUCUUGCUUUACCCUUUUGACUACUUUGCCCCAGCUUCAUUCUCUUCAACAAUGCAAUAAGCCUUUUCUUUAGUAUUUUUGGAGAACUAGGAACGUAUAUUGCAGUGAUACGUUUUUGGUUUCAGCAUAUGAAUGAAUAUAUGUAAUGUUGUAACAGUGUUUGCCAGGAAAAAAAAUAAAAAAAAGAAGACAAGAGGCGUAUUGUUGAAAAUGGUAUAGUGAAAAUUCCUGACCAAAAUCAUUGUUUUUCUUGGUAUUAGCAAUUGGAUACAUGUGAUUCGUGUGUAAUGUUUUCUUUAUUUAAAUUAAUUUUGUAUCUCAA